UUUCCAAACGGUAUGAACACUGCCUUUCGCGCCCAGCGGAGGAGCUCUAACUGGCACAAACUUGCUUGUUAGCGAGCAAGUGGAGGUUGAAGACGAGCAUUAUGGGAAUUGUAGUUUAUCGACGUUUUUAGCAACCGGCUAACUACCAACUUCUCAACGGCUGGUUGUUCCUCACUACUGUCGCCUACAACUUCAGAAUGCAGAACGGGCUGUGGAUAGAUGGCGGAGAGCAAUGACUGAGGAGUUUGAUGAAGAUGUGGUAUUUGAGAACUCCCCUCUUUUCCAGUACCUGCAUGAUUUAGGGCACACAGACUUCGAGGCAUGUCCAACAGCAUCACUGGACGAUGAAUAUGGCGAACAAGAGGGAGACCUCACCACUCCUGACAAAGAUCCACGGAAAACUUCUGGAGGACGCUUCUGGAGACUGGCUGAAGCGUUGUGGAGAUGGAGUCCGAUUCACCAGGCGGCUGCAUCUCAUAAGCUGGGCCAGCAGCUGGACCGUGUCUUUGGCCAGUACUCUGUGAAGUGCAUUCUGGACCAAGACGUGCUACUGCAGGAGGAUGUGGAGCUGAUCGAGCUAUUAGACCCGAGUCUGCUCACCCUCGGCUCGUCCGUCUCUGGCUCAUCCAGCCGAUCGAGCACCCUGCCCAGACCAAGCCUCAUAGCCAAGCCCUCCCUAUGGGACAUGACGGGGCUGCUCGGCCUGGCUGCAGUGCUAGUGGGUCUCUGCUCUGAGGGCCUGUGGUCUUUGGCGGCAGCGCCGUGGGGCCUGGCUCUGCUGGGCUGGCUUGGACUGAGGGGAGUCAUGCUGUGGAGGAGGGGCCGCAUGCAGAGAGCCGUCCACACACAGGCCACGCAGAUCCAGACUCUGGUCCACAACAGCAAGACUCUGACCGGGCUGUCUCGUAAAGCUCUGCGCCUGGUGCAGGAGACGGAGGUCAUCUCCAGAGGGUUCACCCUUUUGCUCGACAGGGUGAGUGCGGCCAACUCCUUUAGCAGGGCGGGGCCGGGGGCGGUGCCACGAGGCCAGCAGCUGAUCGGACUGAGGAAGGCCCUGUACCGGGCGCUCCGGACGGCCUUCAGAGCGUCUCGUAGAGCCACCUGUCACAUGCUCAAGGCGUUCCCUCUGAACUCUGAGAUCGAUAACGUGACCAACUAUGUGUCUGCGGUGCCUCUGAAGGAACUGGGACUCGGCCUGGGGAUCGAACACCUGGGUGACGAGCAGGCUCAGGAGCUGACCGAUGACUACAGCCUGCCUGCCCUGAAGGUGCUGUUCCAGCUGUGGGUGGGACAAAGCUCUGAAUGUUUCCGUCGACUUGCUCUUCUCCUGUCACACCGAAGAACAGAAGAGCCAGAAGAGGGCGAACCCAGCGAAGACACCACCCCACCUCCUCCCCCGCUGCACCGCUCCAUCGCCGCUGUGACCGAGCCCCUCCACCACGCUCUGGGCAGCUGCCUCUGCGAAGUGCAGCGCAGCUACGACUUCCACCGACACUUUGAGACCCAUGCUAGGACGACAGGCUCUGACAGGACGGGGAGAGCGAGGGAGAAAUGCCGAGAGCUCAACACCCUGCACACCUCUAUCCGAAGCCUGCAGCUGCACCUCAAGGCCCUGCUCAGCGAGAUGAUCAUCCUGGAGGACGACCUGGAGAAGCUGAUGGUGUCCAAGGAACCGGCGGAGUUGACAUUCGAGGGCUACCAGGACCUCAGUGACCGCUUGCACCAGCUGCAGCCUCACAUGCAGGCCAGCACCGGCUGCUGGGAGGACACCAUCUGCCAGGUGGAGCGCAUGCUGAGACGGGCCAACGCCUGUCCAGGUUAUGCUGAGGGUCCGGAGCAGUGUGGUACUCCUGAAACCGAGAUUCCUGCUCCUCCUCCAUCCUACCCGUUGAUCUUGGACAGAGACCCUGUGCCAGAAGAGCAGGAGUGGGAGGCCUACGUGUCUGACUCAGAAUCCGACGGUGAAGGCAGAGGGUCUUGGUCUGACAUCUUGUCACCGGAGGAACGGGAGCGGCAGCGCCGGGAGAGGGAGGAGUCCCGUCGCGUCCUGUCGGAGCUCAAAGCCGUGCUGGGCUUCCGUGCGUCAGAGGGGGAGAGGAUGAAGAGGAAGCAGCUGCUUUUCAACGACCAAGCUGCUGUGACACCUUCAGCUCCCAGUGAGAGUUUGGAUCCUGCCACAAACCCGUCAGACGCUCCGACUUCUCUGGGAUCUAUAGAAAGUGGCGUCAAAGAAGGAAACCACUUUCCAGAGUGCUCGGCAGGAAACAAAGGGGAGGAAGGGGAAGGAAAAGAUGGCCGGGUGAGGCCUGAUCCCUUCGCAGAGCCGGUGACGGAGUUCAGCUGUGGUUUGGAGGAGAAGGAAGGGGAUUUGGGAGGAACGUCGGUGUGUACCAGAGGAGGAGGCGGAGCGGCUGAGCUCCACCAGUACGACGGUGUCCUGGAGGAGGGCCAGAACGGUCUGGACUGCUUCUUAAAGCCUAAAGUCCCUGCCGUCACUGUGAUGGACAGACUGACGGAGCUCCACGGCCCAGAGGCUCUCAGCUUCAGCUCCGCCCUCGCCGCUCAGGUGGCGGCACGCUCGCACUCGCUCAUCGCCAUGGAGGAGCAGACGUUUGGCGAUGAUGAUGAGGAGGAGGACGAAGAGGAGGGCGACUGUCAAACCCUUGAAAAGGACUUGAAUUAAAAAACCCGCUGCUUUAACCUAGCACUGAGCAGAGACUGUAU